AGUAAAUAAAAGAUCAUAAGCAAUGGCAAUGACGAUGUUGAAGAUGAUGACUCCACCGCCGGCAUCCUCCAUGCCCUCGCUAACUCCAACGCCUCCGAUGCCGCAGAUCAGAACGAUUCCCGGCACCCAUGGCUUGCCGUUGAUCGGCCCUCUGUCGGACCGUUUGGACUACUUUUGGUUCCAAGGUCCCGAGACGUUUUUCCGCAAGCGAAUGGAGAAAUACAAGAGCACUGUCUUUCGUACUAACAUUCCUCCGGCCUUCCCUUUCUUUCCAUCCGUGAACCCGAAUGUCAUCGCCGUCCUCGACUGCAAAUCUUUCUCCCACCUCUUUGACAUGGACCUCGUCGACAAGAAAAAUGUCCUUGUUGGUGAUUUCAUGCCUAGUGUUAGCUUCACCGGCAACAUUCGCGUCAGUGUGUAUCUCGAUCCGUCGGAGUCCAAACACGCUCUGGUCAAGAACUUUGCCACUGACAUCCUCAAAAGGAGCUCCGGCAUCUGGGCCUCCGAGUUCGUCUCUAACCUCGACGUCAUGUGGAAUACCAUCGAGAAGGAUAUCACGUCGAAGGGGAGUGCAAGUUUCCCUGUACCAUUGCAGCGGUGCAUUUUUCGGUUUCUCAUCAAGUGCCUGGUUGGAGCCGACACGUCAAACUCACCUGAAAUCGCCGAUAAUGGGUUUGCCAUGCUGGAUGCAUGGUUGGCGCUUCAGCUCCUCCCGACUGUGAAGAUUGGAAUUUUGCAGCCUCUGGAGGAGAUUUUUCUCCACUCUUUUGCUUACCCAUUCUUCUUGGUGAAAGGAUCUUACCAGAAACUCUACGACUUCGUAAAGAAAGAAGGGAGGGAGGUGAUAGAAAGAGGUGAGACACAGUUCCAACUGGGUGAAGAAGAAACCAUUCACAACUUACUCUUCGUCCUAGGUUUCAACGCCUUCGGUGGCUUCUCGGUUUUCUUGCCUUCUCUGAUAACCACCCUUGGGAGUGGUAAAACAGGGUUACAAGAUAAGCUAAGACAGGAGGUGAGGGAAAAGGUUGGGUCGUCGUCACUCGGUUUUGACUCGGUGAGGGAAAUGGAACUCGUCCAAUCAUUUGUUUACGAGACACUCCGAUACAACCCACCGGUUCCUCUGCAAUUUGCCCGAGCUAGGAAGGAUUUCAUACUGAGUUCGUAUGACUCGUCCUACGAAAUCAAGAAGGGUGAGCUCCUGUGUGGAUACCAACUACUGGCCAUGAGAGAUCCAAAAGUGUUCGAUGAGCCGGAGACAUUUCAACCAGAACGGUUUACAAAAGAGAAAGGGCAACAGCUUCUGAACUAUCUCUACUGGUCCAAUGGACCGCAGACGGGCUCACCCAGCACGUCCAAUAAGCAAUGUGCAGCCAAGGACCAUGUGGUUGUGACGGCAUGCCUGUUCUUAGCGGACUUGUUUCUGAGGUACGACUCAUUCACCACCGAUGGCUCCUCCAUCACAGCCGUUGAGAAGGCAAAAUAAGGGUGAGGACAGAGGAGGCAUUCUCAAUUACGUAUACAAAUUUGUACCGGUCCAUGGCAUAUGCCUUUUCUUUAUUUCAAAACAUCGACACAAUAUGCUCAAUGGUCAAUAUAUGGGGUUUAUCUUAUCUUA